AUGUGUUGUGUUUGGAGAAGCCUCAACAGGUCAUCCAACCGGGAGAGAUUCAAUUUCACUGGUGCCACUGAGAAACCAUGGACAUUUGGGGAUUGUGGAAAAGGGUUCAAAUAUCAAUCAGAGUUGGAAAUUCAUCGACGUAGUCACACUGCGGAGAGGCCAUUCAUUUGUUCUGAGUGUGGAAAGGGAUUCACUGAGUCAUCACACCUGCUGACACAUCCAUGCGUUCACACAGAGAAGAGACCUUUUAAAGGUUCAAACUGCAAGAAGUUCAAUAAAAUUUCCAGGGACUUGAUGGCUCAUCAGCAUGUUCACUCCGAUGAGAGACACUUUGUGUGCUCUCACUGUUGGACUGGGUUCAAGUGA